CCUCAUCUACAAAAUAUUUGUAGGGCAUGAACAACGAUGUCAACUGAUACCACUCCAAAUAAUACUCCGUCGUCUUCUUGUCCUUUUCUAAGCAAACAGGAGAGUGUGCUCAUCUAACACCGACUGCUAAUUCAGAUUUUUUCAGUCACAUCAUACAUAGAUUGAUUGCAUUAAUUUUUCCAUUCCCAAAUGUCUAUUGACCUCAAUUGGGAGACAUUGACUACGGGACCAGAUGGAAUUGCGCUCGCAGAAAAGAUCCGAGACUUUGUACAUGCCAAGUUCCAGACCGUGACCUUGCCCCGCUUCAUCAAGGGUGUCAAAGUUCACACUUUCGACUUUGGUUCAAUUGCUCCAGAAGUUGAACUAAAAGACAUUUGUGAUCCAUUGCCCGAUUUCUAUGAAGAUAUAGAUGAUGGCGAGGGAGAUGAUGAAGACGAUGAGAGCUCUAAUAGUUCUCAAACAGACGAAGAGAAUGAAGCCGCAAAGACUUUGAGAGAGAGAAGGAAGAUGGAUCGUGUAGAGAGGACAGCUAAUGGUUCAUCAAAUGUAUCGAACCCUCCUUCAUAUACUGAUACACGACAUCCUGGUUUACGAUCAAUGCAAGCUCCUGGUGACAACGGGAGUCCUUUUCUGGGUGUUAGUACACCUGGUAUUCCAGGUGGAACAUCAAAUCUGAGUUAUUUCCAUUCUCAAUUAGCUAGUGGAUUUUCCGGUACUCAGACCCCACUAGCCGCUGUUGCCGGUGCACAUUUGCCCCAAGGAUGGCCGGACCGUCCUAGCCCAUCUCUACAUCUAUCGGCUCUUCGUAAUCAAUCCCAUACAUCUUUAUCUCACACAGUGAGUGAAAGGUCCAUGACCCCUCCACAGAUUGCGGACCUAAGCCAGCAAUCAGUACGCGAGAAGGCUAGUAUAUCCACUCUCGCUGCCUCUUCUUCAACGACCGGGCCCGUAACUCGAGACAGCACUUCUGAGAAAACGAUCCCAGAAGAACAGACCGGCGAAAGCGAAGAGCCAACUUCACCACCUCGAAGAUUUCGAGAGCCGAAGGCCGAAGAUCUCCAAACUGUAUUCCGUGUGCGAUAUUCCGGAAACAUCAGACUCUCACUCACCGUGGACAUCUUACUCGACUAUCCUAUGCCAAGCUUCGUAGGCAUUCCAGUGAGAUUAAAUAUCACAGGGUUGUCUUUUGACGGAGUGGCUGUUUUGGCAUACAUCCGCAAGAGAGCUCAUUUUUGUUUUCUAUCGCCCGAAGAUGCAUAUGCUGCUAUUGGCGCAGAUGAGAACGAUGCAGGUGGCUCUGCUGGUAUGAAAAUGGGAGCUCUUUUGCACGAGAUCAAGGUCGAGAGUGAAAUUGGACAAAGAGAGAAUGGCAAGCAAGUACUCAAGAAUGUGGGUAAGGUAGAAAAGUUUGUCCUUGAGCAAGUUAGACGCAUCUUCGAGGAUGAAUUUGUGUACCCUAGUUUCUGGACAUUUCUGGUAUAAUAUCUCAAAUGAAAUUCAUCUAACAACGUCAAAAUAUCAAGAUUAUCAGUAGAAGCAGCAGAGGUCAAUUGAGUAAGUUUGAAAUUGGCACAGCUCAAUGUCACAAUUUUCUAAAAUCGAAGAGCAAAUUGAAUUAACUUGAGAAU